CAGAGGAUUGAUGCUGGCUCUGAAUGAUUAAUUGAAGCUGUUUUAUUCUUCGUUUUGUGGGUGUGUAGUUUUAAGAAACCUUGAGGCAAAGUCGAUCGUGAGACAUUAUAGUAAGGUUAAAUAGAAUGGUGCGGGAGUUGGAUGCAGAUGGUUCGUUUGAGAGGGUGGUUAGAGAGGGUGCUCCGGGGGACAAACUGGCAGUUAUUGACUUCACAGCUGCCUGGUGUGGACCGUGCAAAAUGAUAGCACCCACAUUUGCUGGUUUCGAGAAGAAAUACACUAACGCUUUCUUCCUCAAAGUUGACGUCGACAAGUGCAAGGUGACAGCCACGAAAUACGGCAUAACAGCCAUGCCCACAUUUGUGAUGAUGAAAAACAUGGUCGAGGUGGACAGGGUGAGUGGAGCAGACCCAAAUGCCCUGGAGGCCAAGAUCAAACAGCACUACUCGGCCGCCGCGGACGUCAGUGGAGACCCGAUUAUGAAGGAUGCACCGCCGGGCAUGCAGUGUCUGAACAGUCUGAUCAACAAGGCUGAAUUUGAAUGUCUGAACGAGGACUCUGGCAAUCCUGGUAUAAACUGUCUCCUUACAGACUCAGCCGCUGUCACAAAGAGCGACUGCGAUGAGCAACUUCUGCUGAGGAUCGGAUUUCAGCAACCCGUGAAGUUGCACUCCAUCAGAAUUGAUCCUUCCCAAUCAGGAGGUGUGGAGGAGGCUCCUAAGCAAAUAAAUUUGUACGCCAACCUAAGCAGUUCCCUUGACUUUGAUUCCAUAGAGUCCUGUCCGCUGGCACAGGAGUUGCAGCUAACCAAGGAUGAUGUGAUAGCUCAGAAGCCAGUAGAACUUAAAUAUGUCAAAUUCCAGAACCUCAACUCCCUCACAGUUUUCAUCAAGAGUAAUUUUGGCGGGGGUGAUGUGACGUCUGUGAAAAUGUUGGUCCUUUACGGAACCCCUGUGAAUCAGACAAACAUGAACGACUUCAAGAGGGUCGCUGGAAAAGCGGGAGAAGCGCACUAGUUAUGUUGUCACGAACCAAGUUAGGAGACUACAGCUACAUCUAGACUCAAAAUGCGAUAUGGAGUUUUGUGAGUGGACUGAAAAAUUGAUGUGAUUAUUUCGGUUCCCUCAGAAUUGUUGAUUUAAUUUACUUAAUUGAAUUGUAAGUUCA